AUGGCGACCAAGCUUUGCCGCAGCAGGGCUUUGGCUACAGCUCUGCGGCCCGCGAAGAGCUCUGUCCAGCCUCGGAACGAACAACAAGUCGUGCGCUGUAUCGCCUCGACCGCUCGCCAAAAUGUCGCCAUACCCCGGGACAUCCAGAACAUGAGGCUGGCGCCCCGGGACCACCCCAAGGAGCUCAACGUUCCCAUCGUCAAUCCCGCCGAUAAGUAUGCCACCAAGGCCGACGACCUCCAUCGCUACGGCGCCUGGCUCAUGGGCUGUCUGCCCAAGUACGUCCAGCAGUUCUCCGUUUGGAAGGACGAGCUGGUCAUCUAUAUCCCCCCCGCCGGCGUGAUACCCGUCUUCUCUUUCCUCAAAUACAACACAGCUGCCGAAUUCACCCAAGUCAGCAGUAUCACCGCAGUCGAUUUCCCCACCAAGGACCAGCGAUUCGAGGUUGUAUACAACCUCUUGAGUGUGAGACACAACGCGCGCAUUCGCGUUAAGACAUACGCCGAUGAGGCCUCCCCCGUCCCUAGUAUCACGAGCUUAUACGAUGGCGCCAACUGGUACGAGCGUGAGGUAUACGACAUGUUUGGCGUUUUCUUCACGAACCACCCCGACCUUCGUCGCAUCAUGACCGACUAUGGUUUCGAGGGCCACCCCUUACGGAAGGACUUCCCCCUGACCGGCUACACCGAGGUUCGCUACGAUGAGGAGAAGAAGCGCAUCGUCACUGAGCCUCUGGAGUUGACACAAGCUUUCCGUAACUUCGAGGGUGGCUCUAGUGCCUGGGAACAAGUCGGUCCUGGCCAGGACCGCAAGCCAGAGAGCUUCAAGCUACCCACACCAAAACCUGAGGAGAAGCCCGAGGAGAAGAAAUAG